AUGGGGACCCUCAGCUGCUGCCUGCUGCUCACCCUGGCCCUGCUCAUCCCUCACCAGGUUGCAGCCAGGAAGUGUGACCUGCAGGGCCUGUGGAGGAGUGAGCUGGCCUCCAACACGACCCUCUUGGCCCUGAACACAGCCGGCACCUUCUCGGGCUUCUACCACACUGCUGUGACAGCUACCAACAAGCAGAGCCUGGGGUCACAGCUGCCAGGGGCCCAGCAGCACCCCGGUGCCAAGAGACACCCCACCUUCGGCUUCUCCGUGCACUGGCAGUUCUCAGUAGGCAAUAGAAUGAACCUUGCCAUCAAACUUUGUUAA